AUGUUGAAAGUAUGGAGUAUGAAACAGCAACAGCAGAAAGAUGCGCAGGCCGAGGGUCAAGGGCAGAAGAAGAAGAAGGUCACCGCAGCCCAACUACGUGUUCAAAAAGAUCUCAGUGAAUUGGCCCUUGGCAGCACAAUGCGCACUGAUUUCGAAAAUCCGGACGAUAUUCUCAACUUCUCUCUUACCAUCGAGCCAGACGAGGGCAUGUACAAAGGAGGCAGUUUCAAAUUCACGUUCGUUAUCUCCAACAACUACCCUCACGAUCCGCCGAAAGUCAAAUGCACACAGAAAAUCUACCAUCCGAACAUUGAUCUGGAAGGCAACGUCUGUCUGAACAUUUUGAGAGAAGACUGGAAGCCGGUGCUAAAUCUGAACGCCGUGAUUGUGGGCAUGCAGUUUCUCUUCCUCGAACCAAACGCAUCGGAUCCGCUGAACAAAGAGGCAGCUGAGGAUUUGAGGACGAACCGGGAGAACUUCAGACGGAAUGUCAAAACAAGCAUGACAGGUGGGAGUGUGAAGGGCAUCACUUACGAUCGAGUGCUCACCAGAUAA